AUGACAUCAAAAAUACUUGAAUUUCCUUUACUUAAUCCAUGGCAACAUUUUACGAUCUAUGGUACACAUAAUCGGUAUAUUGUUGUGGCAAUGACCAAGAAUAGAUCGAAAUGCCGUAUUCUUAAAAUUGAUCGUAUGGAUCAAAAAGAAUUAAAUAUAACUGAAGAUCAACAUGAAUAUUCACAUGUUGAACUUCGUCAACUUCUUGGUACUAUUGAAAUAAGUAAUAGUCGAGUAGGUGGUUUUAGUAAAACAAUACAUUGCCAUGGAAUUAUCGGUUUUAUUAAAUUUCUCGAAGGUUAUUAUAUGAUUGUAAUAACACGACGAAGUCAAGUAGCACGAAUAGGUUAUCAUAGAAUAUAUAAAAUUGAAGAAACAGCUAUGCUAAGUAUAACAAAUGAAGACAUUAAAAAAAUUCAUCCAGAUGAAAGCAAAUAUCUUCGUGCAUUACAAAAUCUUGAUUUAACAAAUGGAUUUUAUUUUAGUUAUACAUAUGAUUUAACACAUACAUUACAAUAUAAUUUUAUUGAACAAAAUAGAGAAAAAAAGAAUUUAGAUAAUGAAAAUUUUUGUUGGGGUACACG